AUUUCCUUGCUUUUCCUGUUUCAGUUUUCGCACAACUUGAAGCCUGCGCAGUAAGUCAGUCUGGUGUGUAGUGGCGGCCGACUAGGCCGAGUCGGUCGCGCGAGUUAGCUCUCUGCGUGCAAGACUGUACAGCGUGGCGCCGGUUUGUUACAGUGACGCUCAGGCGGCUCUCAGGCCGGUGGCGCAGGUCUGCCGUGGUUGGUUGGACUCAAAAUCUGAGCAACCACAAUGUCCAUCUUCACUCCCACGAACCAGAUCCGCCUAACAAAUGUGGCCGUGGUACGCAUGAAGCGCGCUGGGAAGCGUUUCGAAAUUGCCUGCUACAAAAACAAAGUCGUCGGCUGGCGGAGCGGCGUGGAAAAAGACCUUGAUGAAGUUCUGCAGACCCACUCAGUGUUUGUAAAUGUUUCUAAGGGUCAGGUUGCAAAGAAGGAAGAUCUCAUCAGUGCAUUUGGAACAGAUGAUCAGACUGAAAUCUGUAAGCAGAUUUUGACUAAAGGGGAAGUUCAAGUAUCAGAUAAAGAACGGCAAACACAGCUGGAGCAGAUGUUUAGGGACAUUGCAACUAUUGUAGCUGACAAAUGUGUGAACCCUGAAACAAAGAGACCAUAUACAGUUAUCCUUAUCGAGAGAGCAAUGAAGGACAUCCACUAUUCAGUCAAAAUCAACAAGAGUACAAAACAGCAGGCUUUGGAAGUGAUAAAGCAGUUAAAAGAGAAAAUGAAGAUAGAACGUGCUCACAUGAGACUUCGGUUCAUUCUUCCAUUGAAUGAAGGGAAAAAGCUGAAAGAAAAGCUUAAGCCACUGAUCAAGGUUGUGGAAAGUGAAGACUACGGCCAACAAUUAGAAAUUGUGUGUCUAAUUGACCCAGGCUGCUUCAGAGAAAUUGAUGAACUAAUAAAAAAGGAGACAAAAGGCAAAGGUUCUUUGGAAGUGCUCAAUCUGAAAGACGUGGAAGAAGGAGAUGAGAAAUUUGAAUGACAUUCAUCAGUCUCGUCAGCUUUGAAACACUAAAACGUUUUCAUUUCCCACAGUCCUGUUUUCUUUCUGUGGUCUGCCAAAUACUCGCUCAGACUAUUUUAUGUUUUCCAUCUUUGUGUUAAACAUAAAAAUACAUUGCUAAAUAAGUAUUAUAAUGUGGGGUUAAUUUAGUUUUAUUUAUAAGUUGGGGUUAUAGGUAAAAAUGAAAAAUUCAAGAUGCGAAGUCCAGAGCAGCAUUUCGCUGUCUCGUGCCUUUGUAGCUUCCCAAAGGGAAAGUUAUCUGAGGCAGCUCUUGUGGGUAAAAAGUUAAAUUUUGUACAUUUUAAUAUUAACUUGGGGAGGAUAUGUCUGUAUAACAAAAAGGGAGCAUUUGGUGAAAAAAACAGUGUGUGUAUAGGGGUUACUGUAUCGUGGCCUAAUAUAAAAAGCUUGGAUGACGACUUCUUGAUUAUCUGAAAAAUAGAUAUGACUGUGCAAGACUUAAAUAACUUUCAUUAAAAAUGCUGUCAUAACCUAGAUUAUCCUUGGUAAAGAAAAAGUCAUGUAUUUCUAAUUCUUACAAUUUAUAAUAUAUGUUAAUAUAGCUGAAAUUAUGAAAUCAAUAAAACCACUCUUUAUUUUUAUUAAA